CCCCUGGGCAAUAGGGGAUCAUGGGGCCCCUGUGUCCUUGCCCAAACUCAAAAAAGCCUAUGAAAAAGGUACCAGGUACCCCCGCAGGGGCAUCACAUGGGGGGGGGGGGACCCCCAUACAUCUGCCUGAGUUUAAACUACUAAAGAACAUCAGCAUAUGGAUGAUCCCCACCCUGCUACCCCAAUUAUAGUGUAUCAAAGCCAAAUUUUUUUUUUUUUAUAGAGUAGGGAGGGUGACAACCCCUGUUGGUUCAUUUUUUGGCAGCCGUAUCCAUUGGGAAGAUUUCCCUUCACUUCCUGUCCCACAGA